AUGUUCCAGGAGAACUUUUCUCGUGUUUUGGUGGGCUUGAUGGGAUGCAUGGCCCUUGUCCAGCAAGGAUACGGCGCAUGCAUCCCUUCCUAUCGUCUCCAUGAGCAUAAGAAGCACUCGGCUGAUAAAGGCUGGCGGCAUUCUCGCACUUCUGUGAGCCAGGUUCCUGAAAGCACUUACAGUGCUGAGCCUGCUUAUAGCACAAGCGUUUAUGCUUCAGCAACUACCGAGCCUGCCUCGAUUGUCAUUCCUACUGCAACACCCACCGCUUCUGCAACGGCCGCCUCUGGAACCAGCGCGUCGAAAGGAAACAUCAUGAUCCCCUGGUACUUGUACCCAGCCGAGGGAGCCUGGACACCUAUGGAAGAAUUGAUUAACUCCAAUCCCGACGUCCAGUUCACCAUCAUCAUCAAUCCUGACAACGGUCCCGGCUCUACCACGCUGCCUGACGAGAACUUCCUGGCCGCAGUCCCCAGACUCACAGCCUACAGCAACGCGUUGGUGAUUGGAUAUGUCCGUACUGGCAAGGGAACCCGCGAUAUCGCGGAUGUGGAAAAGGAAAUCAACACCUAUGCCGGAUGGCCGUCUGCUAGCGGAAACUCCUCGUUUUCGGUGCACGGUAUCUUCCUGGACGAGGCACCCUCGGGGUAUGAUGCCACCGCAGUCACCUAUUACGAGCAACUGGCCUCGCUCAUCCGAGGAAGCAAAGGACUCGGCCCGAAUAACCAUGUCGUCACGAAUCCAGGAACUGUUCCUGAUGCCGCCUACCUCAGCAUUCCCGAUGCUACGGUCAUCUUCGAGUCGCCGUACAACGAGUUUGUGCAAGCCCUUUCAUCCGGUCAGUUCCAGGCAAUCAAGGGCCAGGACACCAGUCGCUUUGCAUCCAUGGUCUACGAUGUUCCUGCCACCGUGGAUCUCUCGACCUUGCUCUCUCAGCUGCGUGCCAUCUCCAGUCAGACCUACCUCAGCAAUUUAAACACCUAUCAGGCUUUCGAUUCGAUCUGGACCAAGGUGGUGUCUCUCCUGUCUGCCUAA